GCUUUCACUGCUGAGCGAGCAAAGCAUGCCUCAGUAUCAGCUGAGAGGAAAGAAACAGAAAACAUAUCAAGGAAGAGGCGCAACUCAGGCAGAAGUUGAGAGGAAGAACAGAUGGCGAGGAGGUGAAGGAGAGGAGAUCAUGAAGAAGACUUGACAACGUGAGAGGGAGGACACUUCAUGUGAGGGAAGAGGAAAGGAGGCUUGAAGAGAAAGACGAGGGGAGGGUUCAGGGCGAGACAAAUGGGGGGCUGGGAGUUGUUGAUGGGUUUUUGAUUUGUGCAUGUGCAUGGAUGUGGGUGGAGGGAGGUAGACAGGAAGAAAACAUACCAAGAGAGAGCGCCAGAGCAAGCGUUGGACAUCCUGACAGAACAAACGGAGACGCACAACAACUUUGACUCUUCCUUUCUCACCACGACCUGUUGAGGAGGAAGGAAACGACAGAAACAAAAACAACGGAGGACGGCGGCGUCACCCAUCCACCAGAAACCGAUGGUGAGAGACUUUGACAAGCUGCAUCUUUCCGACAGGGGGCUCCGGUUGGAAUGACCCAGCCAUGAUGCCACAGCCAUGCCCCACCUGUCGCCCAGGUGUUCCCGGACGGAGAGCCUGGCCAUCCGCCGGUCUUAGAGGGGGUGCCAACAGAACCAUCAGUCAUCAGGACUCAGAGAUAUUCCCUCCCCAGAGCCGUCUGCAGUACUGACGCUGUGCCCCUGCUGGACUGCGCUCAUUUGUCGUCGCCUUCACUCCCGCUGGGGCUUGAUUACCUUUCUCGGGGUGCUGCUGUUAUUCGCAGCAGCUGCCAUGAAGAUGGAGGCGUUCUUCUUGUGCAGACGCAUCAGUUAGAUGCUGUUCCAGAGAUUUCUCAUUCUAUCAGACUGAAUGAGACACAGACGUGCACAGAGGCGUGUGAUCCAGCUUCUCGACUCACAUGCAUUGAUGACAAACUUCUCCUCAUCUUCAUCCACCUCCUGUCAGUUGUGAGGAUCUUCAAAGCAGAGUUUCCCCCCAUAGUGAGGACUGCAAAAGUGACACCAUGCGGCACAUUCACGUGGAGCUGGCCCACAAAAAGGCCCCACUAGAGCUUCCGGCCCAGGAGGGGGACCUGCCUCCAACUGCGGCCCCGACGAACGGCCUCGACCCCGGGGUUCGAGCCGGGGCGCUCAGACAUUUGGGUCAGGAGGAAAUGCGCUUGCAAAAAGUCUACCAGUUGUCCAUUUUCUCGCAGAUGGGGGGGUUCUCUACCUCUGCGGGAUCGUACAGCGACGCCCAGCAGAGGCAGCAGAGAAAGAGGGGCGCCGAGGAGCCACAGCUGACUCACAAGCGCUCCCACCUGGACGGCUCCUCGGACGGGCCGGCGCUGGAGGGAGGGGUGUUAUGUGGUUCAGCUCCAGCUCUCGGGAUUGGGAUGGGGUUAGCGACGGAGCCAGGGGAGCCCGGGUCCCCGUAUUCUUACAUGCAGUUGGAGUCUGAGGGGGGGCUGUCUCCCAGAUCUCCCCCUCUCUCCCCAAGCCACAACCCUUCCCGGCGCUCCUCUCACUGCAACCGCGACGGUCCAGUUACCGACGCUUUCGCCCCACUUUCUCCUAAAUCGCCCCCCAUGUGUGACCAGGGCCAUUCUUACUCCAGCUCAAUCAGAGCCGAGACCACCAACGGGAGCCGCACGCCCACCCACCACAUAGGAAGCCCUGUGCAUGAGGGCUACACCACCAGCUCGUCUGGAGGUCAGCCGACCCCCCACCUGUACGAAAUGCCCACAUACGAGUCUCCAAACCCCGCCAGCCCCACCAGUCCUCCAGGUCCCUUCUCCCCCCCACACCACACAGAACUGCAGGAACCAGGGGUGGCCACCGAAUGGGAUGCUGGACUUGAAUCUUCCCCGCCCGAGCGAAGCGCCACCUCCACCGGCAUGGCCUUCUGGGAGAAGACCCCCUGCAGUAACGGGCACCGUCUAUUCUCUGGGGGCCACGUCGCAGCAAAGAAGAGACUGCUGUCGCCCAGCGACACCACCGACUCCUGCUCGGAGGACGAAGGUCCCUCCACGUCUAAGAGAAGCCGACUGUCGCUGCUGGCUUCAGGACCGGGCCCGGCGUCGUGCCGCAGCACUGAUGCUAAAGCCGCUCCGUACUGGAACCACCUGCUGCCCACGGCGCGGGACAGGCCUAAGAGCGCCACAGACUGCAGCAGACCCGGGAGGCGCCUCAAGAACGGGCUUCGGCUGAAGAGCCGGCAGCUUCGCAGCGGAAGGCAGACCGACGCCGGUCGCUCCCGACGCUCCGGUUGGCCCUCGUCUUCCAUCAGCAGGUCACUUCUUGGCAACUUUCAGGAGUCCAUGUUGAAGGGCCGCUUUUCUCCAUCGGGGCAGAUCGAAGGUUUCACGGCGGAGAUUGGUGCCAGCGGCUCCUACUGCCCGCAGCACGUCACCCUGCCCGUGCAGGUCACAUACUACGACAUCUCGGAGCACAGCGCCCCCUCGCCCUUCCUGGGGGUGAUAUCCCUCGAGCCUCUUGGAAAGAAAGGAUACAGCAUACCCAAAGCAGGGACCAUUCAAGUGACCUUAUUUAAUCCAAACAAAACUGUGGUGAAGAUGUUCCUGGUGACUUACAACUUUAGCGAUAUGCCCGUCAAUCACAUGACCUUCCUGCGCCAUCGCAUCUUCCUGGUGCCAGUGGAGGAGGGCGCUGAGACAACUCCAGCGGGCGGAGUUCAAGACAGGAAGAAGAUUCUCUGCUACCUGAUACAUCUCAGAUUCCAGAGCUCCAAAUCUGGGAAGAUCUACUUGCACAAUGAUAUCCGGCUGCUAUUCUCCCGUAAAUCCAUCGAGGUGGACACAGGGAUUCCAUAUGAGCUGAAAUCUUUCACCGAGGUGCCAAAAAACCCUGAAUAUUCUCCCCGCGAGUGACUCCUCUUUUCCCUGGCCUGACCUUCGAAAGGUCUCCGACGCAGCCCUUCUUGUAGCUCCAGGAAGCGGACUGCAGCAGUGGUGGACACAAGCCUAGAGGAGGCGUGCCACAAGCACACAGACGCAUACAGAACCGGUCUUUGGGAAAGUCCACUUUUUAAUGUCUGGAGGUUCUUCACUCGUCCUGGACUUUAGCGCAGGGGCUGACCAGCCUGAUCAAAAAGAAGGACUUUUUCCAACGACCUCAUCUGUACGAGGAAGGAAAUGCACAAACGCCGACACCCACGUCCACACAGACUGACGGAACCCAUGCACAUCACACGCAGCAAGUGGUGGUUACUCUUUUAGCGCAGUGUUAACUUGCAUGCCUUGUGACUUAAACACGGGAUUUUUUUCCUCUAGUGCCGUAAAUGCACAUUGUCCUUCAUUCUGCCUGCAGCCUCAGCGGACCAAAAAAAUAUCUGCCCCUGCAAAAAAAACCAAAAAAAAACAAAA